UUCAGGCCCAUUACCGGCUAUUUUACUCGAUCAUCGACUUUCAAACCAAAAUGUGGAUUCUUAUCGUAUCGGCUUUGGUCGUUGCUUCUGCAGCUCUAGUAGAGGAUGAUUAUUGCAAGAAGGGUGCUUAUAGAAUAUGUGAAGCUGAAAAGCCUUCCAGUUUUCCAGAAAAUGAGAAGGAGUUCGACGAGACAUGUCCUAUUCUACUCGAGCAGUUCCGUUGUAUGCAGGACAUGCCUUAAAAUGUCAAGCAGAAAGGCUUCAAUGGUAUACUUCACAUUAUGAGCUUCUGCAAGAUCUCUGCCGCAAAGAUUCGAUCCUUCAUGAAACUAUUGCAAAGAAUAUAGGAUGCAUCAAAGACAGCGUAACGGAAGAAUGUUCAGAAAAAAUAUCCGCAGUUCUCGAUGCUUACGUAGAUUCCUUAAACGGAACAGGUGCUGAGCCCUUUGCUGAAGAAGAUUGGAAGAAAGUUGAAUGCAUGUACGACGCCUACUCCGUUACUUGCGCCGCUGAUAGUGCUUCACGAAAAUGUGGCAGAAUGGUUAAGGCUUCCAUUCUAGAAAUGGCCCGUCGUAUUAAUUAUCUCGAAAGGACGGAAAGAUGCCCUAGAAAUGUGAGACAAGAGAUGGUUCAAAAUAUCCCAGAUAUGGAGAUCAGCAUGGAGCAAAAACUGCUGCUCGAAGAAGUACUCUUGGAAAUCUGAAAGAAGAAAUGGAUGAAGCAGAUACCAGAAGAAACUCAUUUCACGUGCAUUAAUUGAUAUUGUAGAACAUACGAUUACGAAAUUGAAUGUAUAAUGAACAUAUGAUUACGAAAUUGAAUGUACUUUUUGUAAACAAUUUUAAUUUGCUGUACACUAAAAACUUUUUCUUUUUUCAAUACAGCUUAAAUGU